CCAUGUUUCGCCCAGACUAUAACAGUCAGGCUCCAACAGCAGAUAUGGACAGAAUUGAAACAGGAUAACAGUCAAGCAGUCACUCAGCUACAGAGCAGGGAACUCAAAAAAGCUACAGGUGCUCCUAACGCUGUUAUUGAAGCAACAUGAUGCUGCAGACUACUCUCGUGCUGGUUUGCCUGCUGGGUACCAGUCUGUCUCUCCCAAUGAGGAUAGGAAUCCUUGCAAGCAACAGCAAUGAGAUCCUGAGAUUCAAUGGGCUGACUCUGGCGACCCUGGGACAAACUCAAAUGCAGGGAUCUCCCAUGCUUCCCCCCUACGUCUUCCAGCAGCAGCCAGAAUUGAUGUACACCCCCCAGGUGGUCAACCUCAACCCUCAGAUUGGGAGCCCCUUCGGCCCCCAGUUCAUGUACCCCAACCAGGGCACCCAGCAGCAGUUUGUGUACCCUCCCAACCAGGGCAGCCAGCCGCUGAACCCAGUGUACCUCCCCAACAACCAGCAGGACCAGCUCGGGCCCCUGGCCCCCAACGCCCCCUCAGGGCCCCAACAGCCGCAGAACCCAGUGCAGAUGACCCCACAGUUCCAGUACCCUGUGUAUGGAUAUCCCCAACAACAACCGAACAUGCAGGGCUACCCUUACUACCUGACCCCCUUCGGCUACCCCCAGAGGAACCCCAUGGUGAUGCAGCCCAACCAGGGCCAGGUGAACCAGUUGAACCAGCCGAACCAACAGACCCCCCUGGACCGAACAACGCAGAAACCACAGCUCCCCCUGCAGCAGUCUUUCCAGCCAAACGCACCAGUAGACAAGACACGGCAGGUCAUGACUCAGAAGGAGACGUUUACGUCUCCUCCUGAAAACCGCGGCGACGCGGUCGGGCCUGGUAUCGAUGAGGGACACUCAAACUUCCCUUUCCUGUUUGAGCCAUAAAAAGAUAGUUGAGGAAAGGUUAUACUGUAUGUGCACGGCCAUAGUGUCUGGAACAGCUAUGCAAAAAAGAACCUGAAAUGGUAUGAGGUGAAACUUUGUACUGCCUUCUUCAGAAGUCUGCACUGUAUUGAAAGUUGGUAAAUAAAGAACUUUGUAAACGCUGAA